GUUUUGUGGAUGGCCUGCUGAAGAUCGGGACGAUUUAGCCGAAUAAAUAAAUGGUGGGACGCGUUGGGGAGCGCUGGUCGACCCUACCGUGGUGGCAUUUCGAAGUCUGUCUGGCUCUGUGGCUCUAUAAUCACAAUGAAUUAUUAUUAUAUUGACCUUGAGCCCAGAAAAGUUGCUGGGAGGAGCUACGGUACAAUAGAUUGGCUGCUUCAAAUGCAUUGGAGUCAAGUUUAGUAUAGACUGGAAUUCAACAAAAGCUGUUUGUUCCCCUGUGUUAUUGAACUGCAUUAAUAAGUAAUUAAGUGACUGAUGAAAAGAUUUUGAUUUUAAGAAAGAGGAGAGCAGGUUGGCUGUUGACAAAGAAAGAAUACUAGAACAAUGGAAGAAGCUAAAAACAUUAAAGAUGAAGUGCAUAAACCUGGGAAAACACCUCGCCUUGUCUGUGGAGAAGGUAAGGACUUGAAAGUUACUGUACAGAAUGACAUUGAACAAAAAGCUUCGAAAAGUCUAAUUGAGGGAACCUCUCGAGACAGUAGCAAAACUGUUUCAAACUGGAACAACAAAAAAUCAAAAUGGAAUGAAGAACUAAUAGAAAGAAAGAACAGUGAAAAAACUGCAGAUGUGAAAUUGGGCAGGAAUAGCAAACAAGACAUGUUAAACUGUAUAGCUAUCUCAAGGAAUUCAGGAGCACGAAAUAUACGCGAUCAAGGUCACAGCCAAGGAAACCGGGCAUCGAGUGGAAUAAUCUCAGUUGAGAAAAUAAAACACAAGCAAGUUAAGACACAGCAGCAAGUUCUUGGGAAAUUUGCAAACUCUCAUACUAGCAGUGGCACAAAGGCUGUGAAUGAAAAAGAUUGUUUACCUGUGAAACCAAAGGAACCGAUGAAAUUGGUGCCUGCAGCACAACCAAGCAAGUCUUCUGUGCCUACAAAUAGUGAUGACCACAGUAAGCCUGGGAAGAACGUGCAGGAUGUUAAAGAAGUGGAAAAAAAUCCAGAGGUUUUUGGUAAGGUGGAUUAUUACAGGAUUAUAUUUCAAUCAAAACAUGUAAUAAUUUACAAAUUUAGACCAUGAUUGAAGGCAUCGCAUAAAUGAAACCUAAACUGUCUAUUAUGAAAAUAUUCCAGUUACAAUUCUUCUGAAAUCACAAUAGUUUUCUGUGACAUUUUGUUUCUGCAGGUACACAUACGAUACAAUAUGUAAGUGAAAUACUUCAUUCACUGGGCAAAUGAUCUAAUCACUCACUUGCAUUAUUGCUUAUAAACAGUGGUUAUAUAUUUGAUAUUAAUAUGCAAUCAACUGUUCCUUAGACUGAGUUCACUAAUCAGAGUCCCGUUCAGAGCUAAGCAAAAUACUGUGGAUGCUAGAAAUUCGAAAUCUCUUCCUUUUUUUCAGAGUCCUGUUCAGAUGUUGGAAACUGAAAAAUGCAUUAGUUACCCCUCUGUCCUUUCACUUCUUAGACAUGGGUUUGAAUUCUUAAAAGAUGCAAAAGAUUUUGUCUCUGACUGCAAGCAUCCUAUAUGAGCUGUCUGAACCAAAUUUCUAAUGCUUGUGAGCCCUUAGUUUACCACAAGAGUGGCAAAUUUGAGAGAAGAGGUCACAAGAAAGGCUUUCAUGGAAAAUAGAAAUCAGGUGUUCCUUUGAGCUUCAGAAAAAGAUAGACUGUUAAGACAAAGUUGAGGAAGCUUUACUCUACUUCAAAAUGCUCUGUUCCAGACUUAGGAAUGCUUUUUGCUGACAUUAGGUGCCCAAAGUAACAGAGUAUUCCAUUCUUGAGCAAGUGUAUCAAUCACAUUGAACACAAAUUUCAGCAGAAAGAGAAGAAUGUCCAAUCACUUUUUGUAGCUAUAUACCAAUAGACCUGACAGAGCACAUUGACAGCAGUGUGCACCAUCUACUAGAUACACUGCAGCAACUCACCAACCUUCCUUCAACAAACUCAUGACCUGUGCCAUCUCGAAGGGCAAGGGCAGCAGAUGCAUGGGAAUGCCAUCACGUGCAUGUUCUGCUGCAAGCCGCACUUCAUCCUGACUUGGAACUAUAUUAUUGUGCCUUCACAGUCCUUGGCUCUAAAUCCUACAGUUCCUUUACUCCAAUUUUUCGUAAGAUGAGAUAGAAUCUGGCCAAAGUGGACUGGGAGCAACUACUUGCAGGAAAUCCACAUCAGAGCUUUGGGAGAUAAUCAGAAGGGUAAAACUGGGAAUGCAGCGACAAGUUGUUCCCAUAAAGGUGAACAGUAGGAUCAGCAGUUUCCAAGAACUGUGGAUGUCAAGGAAUGGACAGGUUUGGUUAAGGGAAGAAAAACAAGAUACCAAAUGCUCCAAACAGCACUUCCCUAGAAGAGUAUAGAAAGGGGGCUGCUUCAAAGUGAAAUUAAGAUUAAGGUGGUGCUG